AUGGUACAGCCGUCCUUGAAGACUACAUCAACUCCGUUGCCUGUUCCGACUUCCAUGAUGCCUCUAUCGCCGGUACCACUUACCAUAAUCCAGGAUCAACCGACUGUCCCAUCACCGCCAGUAUGCGCCGACGCCAAUGAUGUCACGAGUCCACUUGGCAGACUCCGCAGCGCGAUGAGAAACCCACAAUACUCAGCGAGUUCUUUUCUCGACGCUUUUAUUAUCUUUUACACGGACGAACAUUUGAGUGAGGAACCUCUUCCACCGGAACGUCGCCUGCAGUACAUAAGCGGAUGGGAAAGUUCAGGCACGGGCGCGGUACUCGCGAACGGUGGUGCAGCAAUCUGGGUAGCUUCAGCUGACGUACGUCGGGCGAGGGCUACGCUGUCCUGUGCGUGGCUCGUAGUAGACUCGGACGAUCCUAGCCAGUCUACUGUAGCCGAGUGGAUAUCGAAUAGUUUAGGUCGCGCCGGCCGUGUAGGCGCCGACGCGCGCCUUGCUUCGGUAGGAGAAUGGCAAACACUGUCCACGGCCCUCCAACGUGAAAGCCUACAGCUCAUCAAUAACCCCACCUUGGUGGACCAGCUUUGGAACGAGGAGCUAGACCCAGCGAGAAUUAGGCCUGAAUUUCCCAAAACUGUCGCCACGAACUACAACAUGGAUUUUGCCGGAGAGAGUUGGCGCGACAAAGUAAUGCUUCUCCGUAACGAGUUGCGUCAAGCUGACGUCGACGCAAUGGUAGUGACAGCUCUUGAUGAAGUAGCGUGGCUGUUGAACAUUCGAGGGAGGGAUUUGCCUUACGCGCCACUGCUGAAGGCGUUUGUCAUCGUGAGCAUGCGUGAAGUACGCAUCUUCGUGCCGGCAGGAAAGCUGUCUCUGCAUGUGCGGGAUUCUUUAGCCGUGUUCAAUUGCUAUAGCAGCAAUUGUACCAGAGCGAAUGAGUACACAACAAUCUAUAACUCGCUGCGUCAAGCCUCGGAAUCAAAAAUCUUGAUACCAGCGGCGGGCACUUUUCAACGGGGAGCCUCUGCAGCAAUUGUACAGAAUGUACCGGCUGCGAAGCGCAUAUUCCUAUUGUCCCCCAUCAUAUACCUGAAAGCUCAGAAGAAUGCCGCUGAAAUUAAGGGAAUGAAGAAAGCACAUCUGCGAGAUGCUGUCGCUAUGUGUACUUUACUAAGCUAUCUUGAGAGUAAAACAGGCCUGAGUGAAAUGUCCGUGGCAUUGACGGUGGAUAUAACGCGGGAGACACAAGCGGGGUACGUGGGUCCUUCGAUGAAGACCCGCGUGUCAUAUGGCCCUAAUGCAGCCGACCCUGGGUACCGCGCUACCAAUGGUACUAACAAGAGGAUCUUCAAAAACGCUACAAUGGUUAUACAAUCUGGCGGACAGUUCGAUGAGGGUACAACAAUAGUAACGCGCACGGUCCACUACGGGUCUCCAACUAAAGAGGAACGGCGCGCCUACACGACUGUGGUGCGCUCUCAGGCUGCGCUGGCGACAUUACGGGCCCCUGUGAUGUUGCCUGCCACACACGCCGAUCCGGUAGUGAGGGCACCGCUCUGGGUUGCUAAACAAGACUAUCCUCAUCCGACUGGAUAUGGAGUUGGUGCUGCUCUCUUACGGAAGGAAGAUCCAGUAGUAAUAGACUACAGACAAGACACUAACCUGCACACAUUAAGAGAAGGAUACUUCAUCAUGGUCGUCUAUGAACCAGGCUGGUAUGAGCAAGGAAAGUAUGGCGUACGUCUGGGUAAUAUUUUCGAAAUAAUUUCAAGGCCUAACGGUUACUUGGGAUUCCGCGAAGCUACUUUGAUACCUUACGAAUCAAAGCUGAUUGACAGGAGCAUGCUAACCGAAUAUGAGAUAAUAUGGUUAAACGGCUAUAACGACAGAAUAAGAAAAGAAGUAGGUCCAGAGUUAAAGGCUCGAGGGCUCACCGAUGUCUACUACUGGAUGAUGAACAAGACCAUACCCGUUGAACUACCUUCCAAAGUCAAGAAGCCCGUUAACGAAGCGAUUGUAUCUCAAGAUAUUACCUACACAUUUCUUUUACUUAUAGCGGCCAUACAAGUAUUGCUAUAA